CCGAGAGUGUUGCUGCAUGUGCUCGGCUCUAGAAGAGAAACACUCCAGCGCCAGCCCCAGUUCUUUUACCGAUAAAGUGAUAUUAAUGGUGACAUUGGUGUUUUAGUGGUCUUUUUAGUGGAGGCCUGAAACAGAAUCAUGCCGAAAUCAAGACACAAAAAAGUUAAAGCCAUCGAUCCCUUCUGCACUGGAAAAAGGAGGGCAUUAUUACUGGCGAAAGAAAAGGAAUAUAACAGACCUCCAAAGAAUGUCUGCAAUCAGGAAGUACCAAGAAGUCUGAAAAACAUGCUGGCUGCUACCAAAAUGGCUGAGCAGAGACAGAAAAAUGCUGCACAGAGGGUGGGUUCUAUUGAGAGACGGCCAGGAGAAUCCCAUGGUCACUUCAUGAAACGAGUUGGCUCCAACGCUGAGAAGAAGUUGAACGAAGUCAGGUCCAAGCUGGAGAGUGACGACAUGACAAAGAACAAAAGGGUCAAGACAGAGCAAGCACUCAGGAAGAGGAAAGAGAGAUUUGCUGUACUGCAACAGAGGAUUAAAGGCAGGGACUUUGAGAAGACACUGGACAAAGAAGAGAAAGAUUUCUACAAAGAUCAUAUCGAGUUCGGGGAGGUUGUGUCAGCCCCGCCAGUCUUUUCAGCUAAACCACGAAAGGGCAACGUCAAAACAGACAAGCCUGGCAAGAGACAGCUUCUCCUGAAAUCCAUGCUACAGCAGCAGUCCUCUGAAAGUAACCAGCGAAGGGAAGCCACCAAGAGGCCAAACAGGACGGAAGGAACCUCCCAAGACCACACAGCAGCAAAGAUGAAGAAGAGGAAACACAUGACCAAUGCUGAGAAGCGGAACUUUGACCGGACUCGAGAGACGGCCAUUUUGGCCUACAGGAAGGCCAAGGGACAUGAACCAGACCAUCCAAUGUUGAUGAGAACUUGAUGUCAGUGUAGUCUUGCAUCAAACAAAGAAAUAUAAGACAAUUCAACAUAUUUUGAAUUCAAAGUCCAGCCAACAAGGUUAUGAUGCGUGUCCUUGGGCCAGGCACUUUGCGUCAACUUUUUUCUCUAUCCUUGAGUAGAUGGCUGCCCAUAAGGGCAGAGUUGGCUGUGGCAUGUGUCUGUGUUUGAAUUAGUUUCUUGUGCCCAAAAUAACAUCAAGCUGUGUGCUUCUACAGAGUUGGGAUGAUUUUAAAACUCUUUGUAUUUGACCAAUUACAGGGCGAUAGUUUUUGUAUUGUCUUGUGCACCAGUUUCAGAUUGCACGUAUGUCAUUGCAUAGGAGCACCCAACCAGUAGCAUGACUUACAUGAAAUUCCUGAGGGAGCACAGUUAUUCAUGAGGGUGCUGAAAGCCGAUGAACUGUGGUCUAUGCAUAUGUUGGGUAUUUUUCAAGAUUUCAAAUGAGGGGAGGGGCACAGUUGCUGCUGGGGAAAGGACAUGAAAUUAAUUAUGUGUGUGGAAGGACAUGGAAAUGACUUGGAGCAGUUCAAAGACUCAGUCACUGGAGUUUUAAAUUUGUCUGAUAAGCUGGAUAUGUUGACAGGAUUCUUAGAAUUUCUGUAGGAACACGGUCAGGUUAAACUAGUGUGAUAUGGGUUAUCCCUCCAGUGCAAAGUGAGAAAGGGAGAUGAGGAGUGCAGCUCAAGUUUUCUGCUCAUUUGAUUGUCUCAAUAAAUGGAUACUGGUAUUUAUAAACUGA